GUGGGGUACAAUGUCUCUGUGCACAGCUCCGAAGCUGAGGGACGUGUAGCUGCUGAAAAGUUGUGUCGAGGAGAAAAAGCAGCUCCGCCACCAACACCACCACCACCACCACAUCAUCAGGCUGAAGAAGUUGGAUAUCUUGUCUGACUGGAUCUAACGACGUUUUCCACUGGUCGUUCAACUACUUUAUAGGUUAUGAGUGAUGGAAGCAGGGAAGGUGGUGCGUGCCGUGUUUGAGUUUCUCCCCAGCGUCUCUGAGGAGCUGCCACUCUUCACCGGUGAUGUCAUCGAGGUGCUCAGUGUCGUGGAUGAGUUCUGGUUGCUUGGUAACAAAGAUGGAGUCACAGGUCAGUUCCCCAGCACCUUUGUGGAAGAGGUUACCAUCCCAAGCACCAAGCCUGGAGACCAACUCUACGUAUGCAUCAAUGAUUUCAGCUCAGCAGAGCCAGGCAACCUGUCUCUGAAGAGAGGUGAUGUAGUAGUCAGAGAGGCAGGAGGGUCCAUGGACCUCGGAGAAACAUGGCAACGUGGCUGUAAUGCCUGGGGCGUCCGUGGUCUCUUCCCCACAUCGUGUGUGAAGGAGCUGAACCUUUCAGGUCGCUCCAGGCAGCUGUCUGAGCGCUCAGCUCAGGCCCAGGCUUCAGAGCUCCCACCCUACGCUCUAGGCCAGGCCCGGGCACUUAUGAACCUCCAUGCACAGCUUAAUGAGGAGCUGGACUUCCGCGAGGGGGACUUGAUCAUCAUCACAGGCCUGCCCGAGCCGGGCUGGUUCCAGGGGGAGCUGGAGGGCCGCAGGGGAAUCUUCCCAGAGGGGUUUGUGGAGCUCCUUGCUCCCCUUCGAUCUCCACAGGAGCCCGUGGACUGCCAGUAUUUGAACGAUGACCCUCAACAAUUUAGCUACGAGGACCCUUAUGAUGCAGGGGAGGGCACUGAGGAAGAGGGUGUGGAAGAAGGGGAGGUUUUUCUGAGAGAGGAAGAGGAGCAAAAGGAGGAUGUAGUAGAAGAAGAGGAAGAGGAGGAGGGCGGUGUCUAUGGAGUGGCACUGUAUGAGUUUCGGGCCAUGGAGCCCGGUGAGUUGGACUUUGAUGUGGGGGACCGCAUACGUGUUAUAAGCACGUUGGAAGACGGUUGGCUGGAGGGGGAGGUGAGAGGGCAGCGGGGUAUUUUUCCUCAUCGUUUUGUCAAAAUAGACGACGGCGGGCAGAAAACAGCGGAAGAAACAAAUGUUGUCGAACCAGAAGAAGACAAGGAGAACAGCUGCUCUUCUGAAUACAGCCCAGAUCAUUCAUGUCCCAAUGGGGCAGAGGAUGACCCUGACUGGAGGACGUAUGAGGAUCACACAGUGUGGGACCUGGAUUAUUUUGAGAGGACUGAGGAGCAGAGGUGGCAAAGUGAAAACAAAAGCGCCGGGGCUCAAACUAACAACCGAGCGCAGAGAGAAGGGGGUAGCAGGCCAGACUCUCAGCCUCGUAGACCUGUCGCCCCAGCACAAAGAGGGCCUGAGAGACCCAAAUCCACUCCUCCAGCAAGGCCCAGACUCCCACCUCGGCCUAGCCUUCCUGCACAUAGCCACAGGCAGCAUGGCUCGUCUUCUGGCACAAAUCGGUCCAACCACACAAAUGGUAACACCCGGCCGUUACAGUCCAAACUAACUCAUAGCCUAACCCUCCCUAGCACUCGUUCUGGUUUGUCUAAAGACAGCAGGCACUACAAGAGGCCACCAGCGGACGGUGCCGCCACCAACAUCAGAGGCGCCAGUCUCGGCCAGGCGUUAAUUAACCUUGUCGAAGCCCAUAAACAGAAGAAGCUGACUCGCCACGCUAGUGUCAGUGAUGCUGAUAUGAUGAUGGGCGGCGCUGAGACACGGACACAUUCCCAGCAGUCGGUGCGCGGCUACAACGGGAUGAUGCCAACAUCCAUCACCUUAGAUGCCCUAGCAACCUCAGCCGGUGACUUGGAGGCCAAGCUUACACAGCAGCUUUUUGAAUUCGAGAAAAGCUUGACGACUUCGUACAUCGAUUCCAACAUGAGCUCUGGUGCUUCAAGGGACAUGUCGUCUGUCGUUGACCUGAGCCAGCAGUCCCCUAUCUCACGACACUUUUCCAUUCUGGAGUAUAGCGAUGAAAGUGAUAUUAUCCGAGGCUCCUCACACUCUCCGGUGUCCCACCUCUUGCAAUCUAAGUCUGCCUCUUCCUCACUAGAGAGGCGCAGGACCCUCCGCCCUCCUCCCCCUCGCCCUAGAGUCCUGCGUCCCCAAGCCCCGGCUGCAUACAAACCAGCCCGUCCUGCUCCACGUCCCCCUCCUCGUUGCCCGAGACAAAACGCUGCUCCUCCAACCGGCAGCCCCAUCUUCUACACCCCUGACGAACCAGCUGUAAACCUUCUCGACGAUAUAACGGAAGGGCAGGCGGAGUUCGGCGACCUCGCAGCUGCCCAGGAACAUGAAAUCCAGUGCCAGCUGGAAGAAGAGAAAGAGCUGGAGAGAGAGAUGGAGUUGGAGAGUCAGAGACAGAGGGAAGAGGAGGAGAGGUACCAGCUGUUGCUACGGCUGCAAGAGGUUGAGCACGACAUGGAGGCAUACGCGCACACGGCGGAGGAGCUCAGGGCCAUGUUGGAGGAGGAGGAUGAUGAGACAGCCCGCAUGCAAGCCAUGGAGAAUCUGGAGUUCUGCAACUACACGCUGGAGACGCUGGCCCUGGAGCAGCAGCAGCUACAAGAGAUGACGCUCCUGUCGUCCCAACCCAAAUCCCUGGACUCCACCCCAACCUCGGACUCCACCCCCACCUCCGGCACGGGCACCGAGGACCCAGAGCAGAGGAUGCUGGAGAAGAGGUCGAAGGUCAUCGAGGAGCUGCUGCAGACGGAGAAGGACUACAUCAAAGACCUGCAGAUGUGUGUCAAGGAGAUCAUCGAGCCGCUGCAGAAGAAGCAGGUGAAGAACGUGGACUUUGAUGGGCUCUUUGGCAACAUCAGCUCUGUGAUCGACUUGUCGCAGCGCCUGCUCGACACACUGCAGGAGACAGACUCUAUUGGAAAAGUAUUUGUGGACUUCAAAGCCGAGCUGGAGGAGGUGUACAAGAUCUACUGUCAGAACCACGACGAUGCCAUCUCUCUGCUGGAGAGCUACGAGAAAGACGAAAACAUCCAGCGCCAUGUGUUGGAGUGUCUGGACAGACUGAGGGCCAUGUACCGAGAGUGGGGUAAAACGAAUUACAUCAAUCUCGGUUCCUUCCUCAUCAAGCCGGUGCAGCGGGUCAUGCGUUACCCGCUGCUGCUGAUGGAGCUGCUGGGGGCCACGCCGGAGAGCCACCACGACCGGCCCCAGCUGCAUCAGGCUCUGCAGGCCGUCAAGGAGAUCAACGUAAACAUCAACGAAUACAAACGCAGGAAGGACCUUGUGGUGAAGUACAGGAAAGGGGACGAGGACACGUUCAUUGACAAGAUCUCUAAGCUGAGCAUGCACUCCAUCAUCAAGAAGUCCAACCGAGUCAGCAGCCACCUCAAGCACCUCACGGGAAUUUCACCCCAGAUUAAAGAUGAAGCAUUUGACGAGGCUGAGAAGAAGUUCAGGCUGCAGGAGAGACUCAUCAAAUCUUUUAUCAGGGACAUUUCCUUGUACCUGCAACACAUCAGGGAGUCAGCGUCCGUGAAGGUCUUGGCCGCCAUCAGUUUCUGUGACAUCUACACAGAGCGCAGUGUGCUGGACCCCGAGCGCUUCCAGAGAGCUCACCGCUGCAUCAGCGACAAACAGUUCACACAGUUUAAGGAGCGCACAGAGGCCUUAGUCAUCAACCCGCUCACCCAGCUGCUCCUCAUGUUCGCUGGGCCGCACAAACUCAUCCAGAAGCGCUUUGACAAGCUGCUGGACUACGACAACUGCAAGGAGCGAGCCGACCGCCUCAAGGACCGCCGUGUCCAGGAGGACCUGCAGGUGGCGCGCAACAACUACGAGGCGCUCAACGCGCAACUUCUCGAUGAGCUCCCCAAGUUCCACAGUGCAGCGGAGGACCUGUUCACCGGCUGUGUGAGGGCCUUCGCUCAGUCUCAGAAAGACUUCAUGAAGACGACGCUGGGAGAGCUGAAGCCCCUCCUCCAGGUUUUUUCGAACAAAGUCGGCAUGGAGGGCAACCUCAUCGCACAGUUCCAAGAAGAGUACGGUCGAGUUCUCCAGCUUCUGCAGAGCUUUAGCUUCUGCCCGGAGAACCUGCCUCCAGCCGCCUCCACAAAGAAGCCCUUUGAGAAGAAGACCCUGGAGAAGCAGACCUCUAAAAAGCAACUGCAGGGACCCCCAAACUACAUCAUGCAGACAGAGGAGCACCGCGCAGGACUUCUGGUACGCUACGGCCCUGAGAAGCUUUUCCAGGCUGAGAGGAACUUCAAUGCUGCCCAGGAUCUGGAUGUCUCUAUACUAGAGGGAGAUCUUGUUGGUGUGAUCAAGCAGCAGGACCCCAUGGGAAGCCACAACCGCUGGCUAAUUGAUAAUGGAGUCACCAAGGGUUUUGUGUACAGCUCCUUCCUCAAACCUUACAACCCACGCAGAAGCCAGUCAGACGUGUCCAUCGAGAGCCAGUCCUCUAAUGAGUCGGGCUACGGCGGCUCCUCCCCGGUUUUCUCCCGCCAGAACAGCAACAGCACUCUGACCUUUAACCAGGAAACAGCCACCGUCAGCUUUUCCACAUCGCAGCAUCAGAGCCAUUCGUCGCCGCACCCGUCGCUGGACUCAGCCUCCUAUCGGAGGAGUCACCACAGGGAUGCGCUCAACCCCGACUCUGCCAGUCAGAGCAACUCCAUAAACUCCUCUCCCCGAAAUCCCUCAAACCGAAGGGAAUUUUUAGACCAAACACACCGAAACUCCCCGAGUCACAGAGACACAGAGCCUUCAUACCGCCACUCAGGCAAUCACAGAGACUCCUAUGAUACGAGUUAUGCAAGUUCCAGCAGCCACAAGGAAACGUCGGACCUCUCGGAGACCGACUCUUCCUCUUCGCACAGGAACAAUCACUCACAGCGAUAUGGGCACACAGAUAAAUCCUACAGUUCGUACCAGUGGAGAAAUGGAGAUAAUGGUGGCCAGAAGAAGUCCGUUUACUCCAGAGAUGAGUACAUCGAGCCGGAACCAGAACCAGAACCAGAACCAGAACCAGAACCAGAACCAGAACCAGAACCAGAACUAGAACCAGAACUAGACCCAGAACCAGAACCAGAACCAGAACCAGAGCAUGACAGUGAAUUGGAUGGUCAUCAGAUUUACUACGCCCUCUACUCCUUCAACGCCCGCUGCGCCAACGAACUGAGCAUCUCAGCCAAUCAGCGGCUGCGGAUACUGGAGUUCCAGGACAUGAACGGCAACAGCGAAUGGUGGCUGGGCGAGGCGGGAGGCCGACGAGGCUAUGUGCCUUCCAAUUACAUUCGCAAAUCAGAAUACACAUGAACAGCUGAUAUCACGCGGAUGACACCUGAGACUGCACUUCGACCUUAAGAAGACUCACUCUGUGAGCGAGCAGAACAAAAAGACAAACAAGCAUGUUUGCGUGGUGGCGUAUUUUUGAUCUGUUGUCAUGCAGUUUGAUUAGUGAGAAGGACUGACUUGCUGCUGACUCUGCUCCUGAAAGUUAGCAUUAUAUGCCUAUAUUUAUAGACUUUUUUUAAAGUUUUUUUUUUUUUUUACUUUCCGGAAACUGGACCCCACCCCCAUUUGUUUCCAGUGGAAAACCUGUGAAUUGCACCAGACUUUUGCCAUAUACUCUGGAGCUGAAGACAAUGAAUUGUAUGUUUAAGAGAGCGGCCUUUAAGGUUGGCACGUUGGGAGAUUACAAUGGAAAUGUGAAGGUUUUGGGUUCAGAUUGCUUCCUGUAACAUCAAGUGAUAUGCACAGAGACUGAACACCUGAACACUGUGUUAAUUACUCUUUUCUUCAUGUGGUUCAUGACAUCACUAGAAUGACGCAUGAAUAUUAGAUACAUUUACACCAUACUGUUCAACAAUCAAGGUUUGAGGCACUUAUGAUGGUCAUCCAUUGGUUGCAAGUUUGAAGUGUCUGUGGAGCCAUCAACAAGAAUGUGGAGUGUUGUAUGAAAUUAACAUUGACUGUUUGAAUGAAGACCAAGGACAAAGUUGAAUGGCAUAUGUAAUACAGUUUACAAAUACUCCCCUUGAACUUUUUGAAUACAUUUUUUUACUGGGUUGACACUGUGUAAACAGGUGAUGACCCAUUUUACCUGUAAGAGGAGGUUAACGAACAGGGAGAGAGAGACUGUGGUCUGAUCUUAACUAUGAUUUCUCCACAUGCUCCCCAUGUACAUUAUAUAUAUAUAUACAUAUAUAUAAUGUAAUAUAUAUAUAUAUAUAUAUAUAGUGCUGUACAGUUUAAAAAUGCUAUUGCACCCACUGUAAAGUGAUCACUGUUUGAAUAAAAGACAGCUCAGCUGACAAAUAUU